AUGGCGGAUAGCGCUUCAUCCAUCAGUCCAAGCUCAAAAGAGCUGCGAUCCGACAUGACCAUGGCAACCAACAUUGCUCGUGCCGCUGCUUCAGCCGCCAACAGCAACACUUCAGGUGUACGUCUUGUCUACUCGACGUCCUCAACCUGGCCAUUCUCUCCCAGCAGCAGCAGCAGCAGCAGCACCAACACGAUCGACAUUGCCGUCCUCGACUCGUCCUUCAACCCUCCAUCCCGAGCCCACCUCGCACUGCUCCUCUCACCGCCCAUCCUUGCCCGACCAAAACGCACCUACGACGGCCACCUUCUCCUCUUCUCGACCCAAAACGCCGACAAAGGGAGCGGCAAGCCCGGAGACGCAUCCCUCUCGCAGCGAGUCGAAAUGAUGACGCUCAUGGCGAAGGACGUCGAACGCAUCCAGUCCGCCUCGGGUUACCCUGCCAACGUCGCCGUCGGACUGGUGGACAAACCGCUCAUCUUUGCCAAAUCCACCCUCACCUGGGACCUGCUCAAACAACAGCAGUCGCACGAUCAGCACAGCAGAGCAGCAGCAGCAUCGCCGAGACUACACUGGGUCGUCGGCUUCGACACGCUCUACCGCGUGUUCCAGCUCAAGUACUACGCUUCUGCACCGGAAUUUGAGCAGCAAUGUUCGCAGUUCUUCGAGAAAGAGCGGACGACGUUUGUGUGCGCUAGACGCGAUCCAUCGUCGUACCCUCAGACAGCGGCAGAUGGGGAGGAGCAAGGAGGGGAUGCGAAGGAGAAGGCGAGGAGGGGAGAGGACAAGCUGCUGGAAUCCGAGUACGUGGCUCCUUGGGUAAGGGAAGGUUCGAUUGGGAUGCUGGAUAUCGAUCCGGAGCAGGCAAAGAUGAGCUCGACACGGAUCAGGUCGCUUCUGAAGGAUGAGAGUGUUGGCGAGGAUGGGAAGAGGGAGCAGUUGAGGGGGUUGGUUCCGCCAUCGCUGGUGGAGUACUUGAUAGAGUCGAGGGUGUAUCGGGAUGAUGGGGUAUGA